CUCACAGUUUCGGCCAAUCGGCCCGCCCAAUAGUAUUUGCUUGUGCCAUUGAUAUCUCCUAAAUUCCAUUCUACCUGCUGCAUUCGAUUGUUAAGCAGUGGGAAGUGUGGCAGUCUACAGCGCUCUUUCCACGGCUUUCCUGUCGCAUCCUCGGCUGUGUAUACUACUAGGGCGAGAAUGCAGCGAAGGCUCAGGCCUGAGCCAAUAGCCGUGCCCGAGGAGAAGAAGGCGAGCUAUGUCCUCACCAACAAGGGCAAGUUCGUGGAGGGCGACCUUACAAUUAGCAGGGAAGGCCUGCAGAUCAACUCGCCAGCGAGUACGCUUGGCGCAGCCCCGCGGCCAGGCUCAGCGAGUUCUCUCCAACCCAACAAGCGGCCGCUGCCGCCCGAAGAGGACUCGGCCAGCUCGCGGCAGGGGCCCGGGGAGGCGAGCACCAGCGGCACGGCGGCAGGCGCCGCGGCGGGGGCGGGCAGCAGCCCACGGCCACGGAUAGCGUCUGCGGGCCCGGGCGGCGGCGCCGCGGGCUCUGCCACUGAGGGCCUGACCAUAGACGACUUUGAGGACCUGUGUGUGAUCGGGCAGGGCAGCAGCGGCGUGGCCAAGAAGGUGCGCAACAAGCGGGACGGGCGGCACAUGGUGCUCAAGGUGAUCCAGUUCGACGUGUCGUCAGACACCGUGCGCAAGCAGGCUCGCGCCAAGCAGUACCAGCAGCACCAGCACCAGCAGCACAGACUCGCCUCCUGCUCCAAGGCUGCGCCCUCCUCCUCGGCCGCUGCAGCAGGGCCAGUCGCAGCGCCCGGCUCGGCGGCGGCAGCCGCGGCGGGCACCUCGAAUGGCGGCAGCAGCGGCGCAGCCGCCGCCGCCGCAGCCGCUGCAGGGCCAUCCUCACACGUGGGGGAGAACGGCACCAGCACGGGGGCCGGCGGGGCGGGGGCGGGGUCGGGGGCCGGCGCGGCCGCGGGGCGGUCGGGUCCGGGUCUGCCUGAGCCUGUCAUUGCGCACAUUGCCCGGCAGCUGGUGGCUGGGCUGACCUACCUGCACCGGGAGCUCAAGGUGGUGCACCGCGACAUCAAGCCCAGCAACCUGCUGCUCAACGGCGCCGGCGAGGUCAAGAUCAGCGACUUCGGCGUGAGCGGCCAGCUGGCCAGCUCCGUGUCCAACUGCCUGUCCUGGGUGGGCACCGUCACAUACAUGAGUCCGGAGCGCAUCAAGGGCGACAGCUACUCGUUUGACAGCGACCUGUGGAGCCUGGGCCUCACACUGCUGGAGUGCGCGCUGGGCAGGUUCCCCUACCCGCCGCCGGGCGAGACGGGCGUGAACCUGGGCUUCUGGGAGCUGCUGGAGUACAUUGUGAUGGAGCCGCCGCCCGCGCUGCCCGCCGACCAGUUCAGCCCGGCGCUGUGCGACUUCGUGGGCCAGUGCCUGCAGAAGGACGCCGCCGCGCGCCCCUCCGUCACGGCGCUGGCGGCGCACCCCUUCCUGGCCAUGUACCCGGACGCCUCGCUGGCGGAGGUGCUGGAGCCCGUGCUGCUGGGGGCGGGAGGGGCGGGAGGAGGAGCGGCAGGGGCCAGGGGCGGCGCGGCAGGCGUGGGGAAAUGAGGCUGGAGCUAGGGGACGGGUUAAGGGUAAGGUUAGGCUUGCUUGGUUGCGUGGCGCGCUUGCGUGGCGUGCGUAGCGUGGCGUGCGUAGCGUGUGUGUUGUGUGGCCUACAGCACCAUCAGUGCUGGGCGCACGGGCCGGCGCAGCGACAGGGGACCAGCGCUGGCCGAUAGGACCGUGGGGGGGCGGGGAUGCGCCUGGCAGCAAUGUACAGAGCUCGUGUGAUCAGUCUUGGCGUGCCCGCACAUGUGACGGACGUCCAGUAUUGUAGAUUAUUAUGAAGGCUGCGAGCGCUGCGGAGGCGUUGGCAUGCAAUUUACGCACACUGCAGCUGUUGGGAGUGCAUGUAGGCGACCGAACAAGUGGCGCGCGCGGUAGCGAACGAAAGCGGGCGGUGCGCGCAGUAAUAAAGCCGAGGGAUUGCUUGUUCAGGCGCUGUGAUGUGGUGUGGCCUCGGCCCAUUUUUCCUUCCAUCCGCUUUACAAUUAGUUUUGGGGGCGUGCCUGUACAAAUCGACCCCGGCUAUGUCCGGGAGGUGAGCCUGAUGGGGUAGACGCGUGCGGCCUCAGACGGGAGACGUAGCGGGGGCGCAGCCCACUUCUCCCUUGCGAGGGAAAACCACCUUCUUGCCCUUCCUUGGGGUACCCUUGUUCCUUGCAGUCGGGUGUAUUACACGUAGAUAUGCCCCCGUGGAGGCAGGUGUGUGUGUGUGUGUGUGUGUGUGUGUGUGUGUGUAUGCGUGAGUGAAUGGACGCGGUCGGUCGCAAGUUGGAGGUUACUGCUUUGGCGGCACCUGCGACUGCGGCUGGGUGGUUGGCUGCGGGCGGGGGCCCAGUGCAGAUAUAUUUGUGACAUCGGCAGUGUGGGCAGCACACGGUGUCUGUCGUGACGACCUGAUGAUGUGUGUGUGUGGACACAUCUAAGAAUAGUCUCACGUAGUCUCCACGGGCAGUCCUGUGUUUCGUGGUCGGGGUUUACCUGGGCGAUGCUUGGGUGCUUGCCCCUACUUUGCAAACCUGCACUACGGUAGUGGAGCUGCCGAUGCCCGGCAACUAAUG